GGGAGCUGUUCGUUCCCCGCAAAAGGUACGUCAGUCAACAACCUUCAUCUUGCAGCACUUGAAGCUGGUGCCAAUUGCUGUAGAUGCUACAGAAGGAUCUCAGGGCUCCAGAGGAGCAAUUCUUCAUAUGCACACAAGAUGCCGCCCACCAUACAGCCAUUUAUGGCCGAUGAAGAACUUGGGAAGAAAAAUGAUGACCACCGGCCUCGACAGAGACCCUUACGCAGGCCUUCGUGGAGAACGCCUCGUCCACGGCGACUUCUUCUGGCCGUCGUUGGCCUCUAUCUCCUAUAUCUUUUCUUUAAGAACAUGCCUACCGAUCUUACUCCUGCCCCAGAACGUUAUAAUCCUGAACUCGCACGAGCGCGACAGAAAGGCCAGACGCCCCCUUCAAACCCGUCGCCCGGUGUUCCCCCGCAGGAUGCUCCCCCGCGAGACGAGACCGUGAAGGAUAUCGAUAAGAAUAAGGAUGGCGAUUAUUAUGAUGGAGAUAUUUCAUUGAGCCAUCUGAUGGCAUCUUUGGGUCGCCUGCCGAAACCAGGCCCCGAAGGACCUCUCUUCAGUCGUGCCGUCGUCUUUGCCGGCUCGAACUUAGCAAGCAUCUCAGACUUGAUACCUCUCGCCUGUCAAAUGGCAGUUAGGAAGAAAAAUAUUGUGCAUUUUGUGAUAAUGGGGCGAGAUGAGGUCUCAAUCGAGGGGAUACGGCAAGUGAACGCCGUAAAUAAUGAUAACUGCCCAGUGCUGUGGCACGAUGGUCGCCCAGAUAAUGCCCCUUUGUCGAGGGAUUCUCGCAUGGAAAGCGCCGUCAUAGCUGGCCUCUCUCGCGUACAGUUCGCUACCUAUCCGCGCGCCGUUAUCACUCAAGGAGCAGGCUUGGAAGAUAGCUUUUUCUGGAAUGGAGUGACGAGAUGGGCGCACGAUGCAGGUGUCGCUCACGUAGCACUUCCAACCAUGUCCAGGAAUAUCAUGUGGAUGUCUACUUUGGACAGUACCGCUCUCGGAGCCUGGAAUGAGGUUAACAUUGAAAUGCUCAUCCAUGCUCCUUCGGAGUCAUCUGGAUCAUUGAUCAGAUUAAUCCAGUCACUGGAGAAGGCCGAUUAUCUCGGAUCGGUUCCCAGUCUGACUAUUGAACUUCCCUCGCACGUUGACCCCCAGCUACUCCGCUUCUUGCAGGGCAUGAAAUGGCCUCCUCGUUCUUCAAGCAAAAUUACCCUCCGUCGUCGUGUGCAGCCCUACGACAUAACAUCCGCAGAGUCCUCAGUCAGGACCGUCGAGGCCUUUUACCCCAAAGAUCCUAGCAUGUCUCACGUCCUAGUCCUAUCUCCGCAAGUAGAGGUGGCGCCGUCAUUUUACCACUACUUGAAAUUUACUAUGCUGAAUUAUAAACAAACCUUUCCCCUGGAACAGGGAUCUUCGAACUUACUUGGGAUCUCCCUGGAACUUCCAUCAUCAAAACCUGCUGCUGGUGAUGAGCAUUUUGACCCCCCGCUGCCUAUGUCAUUUGGAGAUGACCUAGUGAAGAAGGAUAAAGAAGCAUUGCCGCAUUUUCUCUGGCAAGCGCCAAACAGCAAUGCAGCAUUGUAUUUUGGUGAUAAAUGGGUCGAGUUCCAUUCGUUCCUCUCUAACCGUCUUGCCAUUCAGGAAGCCAACCCUAACGUUCCCUCUCAUGAAAAGCUUCUUUCAAGAAGGUAUCCUGCCUUUAUGGAAUACCUGCUUGAACUGAUGCGGGCCAGAGGCUAUUACAUGCUCUACCCAUCUUUUGCAGCCCGGGGCACAUUUUCUCUAGUGACGGUGCAUAAUGACUUAUAUCGUCCGCCGGAGGAGUUCUCAUAUGAUACCUCAUUAAUGACGGAAGAGAAAUUAAAAAGAGAUCUGGAUGAACUGUUGAAAGAUUCCAACCGGCAACCCAUAGGAGAUUUGGGGUUCAUCAAGAAGCCAUUGAAUCCGGCUUUGACAUUGACGGCAUUUACCGAUCAAUUUUCUACUGCUCUUCCACCGCUAAACACUCUUGACUUGCUGUCCUUUAGCGGAGAAAAGUCAUCCAUCAAGGAUUACAGACAAGACACCAAGGAAUAUCUGAAGAAAUUCCGAGUUAAUUUUGGAGGUUGCCAUGAUACUGCGUCAGGGAUUGAUACGGAUUCUCCGGAGCACCAAGACCUUUUCUGCCUGGGUUUGUAGAACUGGUGCUAGAAUUCUCUUCUAUCUUUUAGGAGAAAACUCUCAUUUGGUAUCCUAGCUGUAUACUACUAGCAUCUAUAGAGUACAAUUAAUUAAUCGAAUGUACUAGUCAGCUAUGGAUGAUGACGAAGAGGGUUUGGCGACUGACGCAUUACGUAAGCG